AACGAGGGGAGGCAAGUGUAGGUGACUGUUCGCAGGGACGGACGUUGGGACCAGGCGGGACUGGGCGAUCUUCUACUGGUUGUUUGCCCUCCUACAGACAUGGGGCGCAGAAAGUCCAAACGGAAGCCACCCCCCAAGAAGAAGAUGACAGGCACCUUAGAGACCCAGUUCACCUGCCCCUUCUGCAACCAUGAGAAGUCUUGUGACGUGAAAAUGGACCGAGCCCGCAACACCGGGGCCAUCUCGUGUACCGUGUGCCUAGAGGAAUUCCAGACACCCAUCACAUAUCUGUCGGAACCAGUGGACGUGUACAGCGAUUGGAUAGACGCCUGCGAGGCAGCCAAUCAGUAGCCAUGCCGAAGACCCACUCCCGCGGCGGUCCCGCCUGCCAGGGACCUGCCCCACUGGAUACCAAUCCAGAGACAUUCCAGGGUCCGGGGUGUGGGUCCAGGGCCUUCGAAGCCCUCUGUGUGCAUGGAGUGGGUGUGGGUGUGAGUGUGUGUGGCUGCAAGCGUGGCUGUGGCAGUGUGCCUGUGGGCACGGACUGGAGUUGAGGCAGGCUGGUGGGGCCCCCUAGGGGCCUGAAGGGCCUUCCUCAGGCUCAGAAAGCCUUUACCUUGCUUCUGCUCCUCCUUGGGGCCGUGUUCUGACGUUGGGGGCAAGGACAAGCCCAGCGGAGGCUGCCUUGGGGCUCUCCAGCCUCCCCGCCCACCUCACCAGCACCUUGCCCCUGUGAACUGGACUGCCCCUCCCCCUUCCCUGCCUUCUAAUGCCUGUGGCCUGGGAUUCAAAGCCACGGGCCCCUUGGCCGGGCCCUGGUAGAAUAGCCCCUGUCCGUGUUUAGUUGCUUUUGUAGAGAAGGGAGGAGCUGGGUCGGGGAUGGGAGUAGGUCAUGAGCCCCUGAAUAAAGCAGCUGAUGCAAA